AUUCGGGACAAACCGCCCCCGGGCAGCCCUCAGCGUUCCGCCAUGGGCAACGCGGCCGGGGGGCUGGAAGGAGGGGGCACGGCGGGGCGGGAGCAGCGGGAGCAGCGAGAGCAGCGCGACCCCCGGCAACCGGGCUCCCCUCCGAGCACCGUCACCGCCGCCGCCGCCCCGCCGCCUGCCCGGCAGCCCAUGCCCGGGGCCGCCGAGCUGGAGGAGCGCUUCGGCCGCGUCCUGAACUCCAUGAACCUGCCCCCGGACAAGAUGAAGCUGCUCAACCAGUACGACAACGAGAAGAAGUGGGAGCUCAUCUGUGACCAGGAGCGUUUCCAGGUGAAGAACCCACCCUCUGCCUACAUCCAGAAGCUGAAGAGCUACUUGGACACAGGUGGUGUCAGCAGGAAGUUCAAGAGGCGAGGGCAGGAGUCGACGCAGGUGCUCCGGGAGCUGGAGAUCUCCUUGAGGACCAACUACAUAGGAUGGGUCCAGGAGUUCCUCAACGAGGAGAACAAGGGGCUGGACGUGCUGCUGGAGUACCUCGCCUUCGCCCAGUGCUCUGUCGCGUACGACAUGGAGAGCGCCGAGAACGGCAGCCCAGGCUCUGACAAGGGCAAGGGCUCGGAGCAGUCGCUGGAGGACCUGAGCAAGAGCAACUCCUCGUCCCCCACCCAGUGCUCCUCCAAAGUGCGGCAGCUCACCGUCAGCUGCUGCCUCUCGAACCAGCACAUCCACACCCUCCUCCGCCACCUCCACCCCGGCGUCCCCUGCGGCGCCCCGGGCAGCGAUGGGCACAGCUGCCCCAAGUCCCCCGGCAGCUCGCACGCGCCCCGGCUGAACCCCACGCACAGCAAGAAGGCUCUGAGGAACUCCCGCCUGGUCAGCCAGAAGGACGACGUCCACCUCUGCAUCAUGUGUGUCCGUGCCAUCAUGAACUACCAGUCUGGCUUCAGCCUGGUGAUGAACCACCCAGCCUGUGUCAACGAGAUCACCCUCAGCCUCAACAACAAGAGUGCCAGGACCAAGGCGCUGGUUCUGGAGCUGCUGGCUGCAGUCUGCCUCGUCCGGGGUGGCCAUGACAUCAUCCUGGCUGCCUUUGACAACUUCAAAGAGGUCUGCGGGGAGAGGAACCGCUUCGAGAAGCUGAUGGAGUAUUUCCGCAACGAGGACACCAACAUCGACUUCAUGGUGGCCUGCAUGCAGUUCAUCAACAUCGUGGUGCACUCGGUGGAGAACAUGAACUUCAGAGUCUUCCUGCAGUACGAGUUCACCCACCUGGGCCUGGACCAGUACCUGGAGAGCCUCCGCCUCACCGAGAGCGACAAGCUGCAGGUGCAGAUCCAAGCCUACCUGGACAACGUCUUCGACGUGGGCUCCAUGCUGGAGGACUCGGAGACCAAGACGGCGGUGCUGGAGCACAUGGAGGAGCUGCAGGAGCAGAUCGGCCAGCUGACGGAGAAGCUGCAGGAUGCGGAGAACGACUCCAUGGCCAAGAUAGCGGAGCUGGAGAAGCAGCUGAGCCAGGCGCGGCGGGAGCUGGAGGUGCUGCGGGAGCAGCUGAGCCCUCCGCAGCUGCCCAGCCCGCCGGCCCCGCAGCCCCAGGACUGCUACCGGCUGGCGCUGGAGCGGCGGCUGGUGGAGCUAGAGGAGAAGGGGCUGGUGCAGAUCCUGCGUGGGCCCGACGGAGACGUCGCCAUCGAAAUCGUCCCCGUUGUCAUAGAGACGCCGGCAGCCCCCGCGGUUACCGGAAAGCCCGCGGCCACCGCCGAAACCACAGCCGCCACCACCGCUGCCACCACCGGCACAGAUGCUCCAGCUCCGGACCCAGCCCCAGCUCCCCCCCCAGCCCCCGCUGCCCCUCCAGCUCCUCCUCCUCCGCCCCCACCUCCUCUGCCAGGCGCUGAACCUGGUCCCCCACCACCCCCUCCCCUUCCACUGCCCACGGGCACCUGUCCCCCUCCAGCCCCUCCACUGCCCACAGGCACCUGUCCCCCUCCAGCCCCUCCACUUCCAGGUGCCCAAGUGCCACCCCCCCCACCCCCACUCCCAGGGGGGCCGGAAGGUCCUGUGCCCCCACCUCCACCACCCCCACCCCUUGGUGGAGAGCUCCCAGCUGGACCAGGUGCCCCCAACCCUGCUGGUGGUCCAGUGAAGGUGAAGAAGCCCAUCCAGACCAAGUUCCGCAUGCCAGUCUUCAACUGGGUGGCACUGAAGCCGAGCCAGAUCGAUGGCACUGUCUUCACCGAGCUCAACGACGAGAAGGUGCUGCAGGAACUGGACAUGAAUGACUUUGAGGAGCAGUUCAAGACCAAGGCACAGGGCCCUGGCUUGGACAUCAGUGCCCUCAAGGUGAAGGCCACGCAGAAGGCUCCCAGCAAGGUGACACUGAUGGAGUCCAACCGAGCCAAGAACUUGGCCAUCACCCUGCGCAAGGGCGGCCGCAGCGCCCAGGACAUCUGCACAGCCAUCGAGACGUACGACCAGCAAGCCCUGAGCCUCGACUUCCUGGAGCUGCUGCUGCGCUUCCUGCCCACCGAGUACGAGCGGACGCUGCUCGGCAGGUUCGAGCGGGAGCAGCAGGCGGCGGCGGAGCUGUCCGAGGAGGACCAGUUCAUGAUGCGCUUCAGCAAGAUCCCGCGCCUGGCCGAGCGCAUGAACGUCCUCAUCUUCCUGGGCAGCUUCGCCGACACGGCACAGCUGCUCAUGCCGCAACUCAACGCCAUCAUCGCCGCCUCCAUGUCCCUCAAGUCCUCCAGCAAACUGCGCAACAUCCUCGAGAUCGUCCUGGCCUUCGGGAACUACAUGAACAGCAGCAAGCGCGGCGCAGCCUACGGCUUCCGGCUGCAGAGCCUGGACGCGCUGCUGGAGAUGAAGUCCACAGACCGCAAGCAGACGCUGCUGCACUACCUGGUGCGGGUGAUCACCGAGAAGUACCCCGAGCUGAUUGGCUUCCACACCGAGCUGCACUUCCUCGACAAGGCAGGCACAGUCUCCCUGGACGGUGUGCUGCAGGACGUGAGGAGCCUGCAGCAGGGCAUGGAGCUGACCCGCAAGGAGUUCAUGCGGCAGGACGACAGCGCCGUGCUCAAGGAAUUCCUCAAGGUCAACACGGAGGUGAUGGAGAAGCUGCAGGCUGACAGCAAAACUGCCAAGGAGGCAUACGAGGCGGCGGUGGAGUACUUCGGGGAGAACCCCAAGACCAGUCCCCCCACCACCUUCUUCCCCAUGUUCGUGCGCUUCAUCAGAGCCUACAAGAAAGCAGAGCAGGACAUUGAGCUGUGGAAGAAGCAAGAGGCUGCAGCCAAAGAGGCAGACUCUGGCACGCCCCGCGAGGAGCAGCCCGAGCUGCCCACGCAGAAGGCCAAGCGGCAGCAGAUGGACAUGAUCGCGGAGCUGAAGAAGAGGCAGAUGGUGAAGGAGCCUCUCAUCUACGAAGAGAAAGAUGGGGCCAUCGAGGACAUCAUCUCAGCUCUGAAAACUGUCCCUUUCACGGCCCGGACGGGCAAACGCUCGUCCCGCCUCUUCUGCGACGUCAGCUUCACCGAGGAGAGUCCUCUGUAGAUCUGCGGAACAAUCCCUUCCGGAGAGCCGACAAGAGCCGCGGCAGCGCCAAGAGGUGGCCCGGGGGGCAGAGCCUGCAGACGACGCCGGACAUCUCGCUGUGACCGGCACCGUC